CUUAAUUGUGACAUGUAUAUAUCAGAUAUAUGCUAACAGUGGUUAAUAUUGUGAUAGGUGGUCAUUUAAGAGACGAUCGGCCCUGAUUCACUUCACAUGAUCACUAAGAUCACCCUGACUUUGCAUCCGUAACUCAUUUAGGAGUAUUAGAAGAAGAAGAACUGACUAGCUUGGGGGCCUCAAGCUAACAUUAUGGAGCCAAUGAAAUACACGUUCGCAUGAUGGAAGACAUAAUGUCGAACACGAAUGCUAAUCAUCUGAGUGCAUAUCUAUUUGUGUUGUCACAGCGACAACAGUAACAGGAGAACAUUAUGACAGAAAAGGCAAAGCCGAUUAUUUACUUGUUUGCUCCCUUUAUUUUAUAUUGCAUUGAAUACCCUUCCUUUCCAUGGACUAUCACUUGCUCUUGUUCAUGCAUAUUUGUUUAUGUUGUCUGUCUUGUGAAUAACAGGGUCGAGACUAGUGCAGACAAGAUACCAUAUCUCAUGUUACACAAAGAGCUCAAUACCAUUUUGCGCCGUGGAACUCUUUUUCCUCUCUUCCAGUCUCUGUCCUUUGCAGGAGUGCUCUCACUACUUUUCUUGCCCAUGUUGUAUUCCUGA